GCGGAUCCAACUUAACACUCCUACACAAAUCCUGGUUUUGUUUUGUGUAAAAUUAGGGCGAGAAAAGCGCCUCCUUACAGUGGCAUUUCCUUUAGUAUUAUCUUGGCAAGAAGCAACAGCCUGCCCAUCUUUCGACGAAAUUAAUUGACGUUUUCGGCUGUAAACAUCGUUUAAUAUCUAUCAGUAAACGGUCUAUCCAUAAGCGAACGUCUAUAAACAAAUAUUCGAAGCAUCGCAACUGAAGUUCAAAAUGAGCAGGGGACGUUCCUUGGAGAGUAUCAAACAGCGGAUAAGCGACCUGAAAGUUUCGAUCGAAGAGGCCGAAGAACGGGAAUCGAAGGCAAAGUCGGAUCUCUUAGUUGCCACUGAGCGGGAAAGGAAGAGCGAAACCGAUGCGAGAUCGCUGAGAAAUCGGAUUGCGACCUUAACAGCCGAGCUCGAACGGGUGAAUACAAAUGUUGAAGCAAUCAUUAAUCAGGUAGAUCAAAAUGCCGUUCGAUCUGAGGAAUCGGAAAGCAAUCGCAAACGGCUUGAAGAAAAAGAAGAAGAAGGUUUUGAGAUGUCGAAAGAGAUCGAGGAAAAUGCAAAACAACAAAAGUAUGAUCUGGAAGAGAAGGAAAAUCGGUAUAAGGAGGCCUCACUUCGAGAAAAGGCGCUCAACGCUGAUUUGAAACGUGUUGAAACAAAGUUACAGAGGGCCGAAGAAAAAGAGGGGAACUUCCUACAGCAAUUGAGCGAAUUUUCAGAUCAAACCGCUUCUUUGGAGAACAACGUGAACGCUUUGCAUGAGAAAGAAGACGACUUCAAGGAGAAGAUCACGUAUCUAGACGAUCAAAUAAAGCAAGUCACCGCUCUGAAUGAAGAGAAGAGCGCCAAGAUUAAGAUAACCGAACGCAUGAAGGAAAGUCUAAACAAAGAGAUUAAAAGCAAGCAGGAAAAGUUAAAAGAUAUCGAGAAACAAUUUGAAGAAAUUGAGCAGGGAAUGUGAACAAGUCUGGCACAAAACAAAUAUUUGCAUAUAAAUGCUAUAGUGCAUGCCUGCAAUGACACUUUGUUUUAGAUAUAGUUUACUUGUCAUCCAUAUUGUGAUAAUUUGUAUAGGUUUUAUCAUUUCUAGUUUACUGCAUGGGAACUCAAUAUAUUUUUAACAACUUUG